GGAUUAUAUCUUGUGUGCAAAAUGCGCGGAUGUAGUGACACUUGGUGCGUUAGAAGUUUCCAAGUGUGGGAGAUGUGAAUUUAGGUUUUAGUCCAAAAGUUGUUGGAAACAUUGACUGGUGCUGAUAUUUAUCAAAUAUAGAGUCAAAACAGUUAGAUAAAAUGGCUAGGAAUACAUCACUCUACCUCCGACUUGGGGAAGGCAAAGAUCUACCUGCAAAAGACAUAAAUGGGAAGAGUGAUCCAUAUUGUGUGAUAAAGGUCGACAAUGAAGAAGUUGCAAGGACAUCAACCCAGUGGAGAACAUUAAAUCCAUUUUGGGGGGAAGAAUAUAUACUACAUCUUCCCUUAGGCUUUCACAAUCUGACUCUAUAUGUUUUCGACCAAGAUUUUAUGAGGCUAGAUGAGAGUAUUGGGAAAGUGAUGUUGACUCGGGAAACACUGAUGAACUAUCCUAAAGGUCUGGAGAAAUGGUGGGGUUUGACACGUGUUGACAAGGACACAGAGGUCCAGGGAGAAGUACACCUAGAAGUUGGACGUUACAAUUGUGAUGGGAAACACUUUGUGAAAGUUAACAUACUCUCAGCCAGGGAUUUAGCAGCCAAAGAUUCAUCAGGAACUGCAGACCCAUAUGUCAAAGUCUCAUUCCACGAUUUUCAUCAUGAGACGAGAAAAAUCGAGAAGACGAGAUUCCCAACAUGGAAUGUCGAGUGCAGUUUUGAUGUCGAUGCUCUUGCUGGUGCUAAAGAUAAAGUAAAAGUGGAAGUCUGGGAUUGGGAUCGCCUUGGGGAGGAUGAUUUCAUGGGACAAGUAGAAUUUCCACUGUCAACUCUAAGUGUAAACUCAACUGUGAGACAAUGGUUCAGACUUUCACCAAGAUGCUCCCAUAAGGAUGAAGAAAAUUCCAAAUUAGGCAGUCUGAGAGUGAAAGUGAGGCUCAUGGAAGAGAGGAUCUUACCUUCAGAAUAUUACAAACCACUUAUAGAUUUGCUAAUAAAUUCUACAAAUAUUACUCAGGAUGUGUCGGAGUACCCUACGCCUUUAAUCAUGUUAGAUGAAGUGGCAACUCUAGAUAUGUUAGACAUUGCUAACACGUUAGUGAGACUCUAUUUGGGACAAGGAAAGAUUGUGGCUUAUCUCCAAGUCAUCUGUGCACAUGAAAUACAGAAAACAAAGGAUCCCAAUACACUUUUCAGAGGAAACAGUCUUGCAACAAAGUCUAUGGACCAAUUUAUGAAGAUAGUAGGUCUACCAUACCUUCUAGAGACACUCGGACCAAUCAUAGAUCAGAUGUAUGAAGAGCAUAAAAUUAUUGAGCUCGAUCCAUCUAAGAUCUGUACAAUCAAACGGAGAUAUAGUCUGAUCAACCAACGACAACCAGACAGAGAGAUCAUUGAACAAAGUGCAGAUACUCUACGUGGUUAUAUAACAGAUAUGAUAAGUCGAAUUAUGAACUCAGUGACGCGAUGUCCAUCUGUGAUGCGAUUGGUUUUCCAGCGUCUAAUGAGCAGCGUCAUAGAUAAAUGGCCCGAGGAGGAAUGGAGGGACCACAGAUUCCUCUCUGUGUCUGGCUUUCUGUUUCUACGAUUCUUCGCUCCAGCUGUGUUAUCACCGAAACUGUUUGCGAUGCGUGACGCACACCCUGACGCGCGUCUUAGCCGGAGCCUCACUUUGGCUGCAAAGGUCAUUCAGUCGAUUGGGAACCUUGGUGUACAGAUUGGCCCAGCAAAAGAAAAGUGGAUGGAACCUCUACAUGAUUUCAUCAAACUCUGCGUGCCUGACGUCAAGGAAUAUUUACAACGUGUUUGUGAAGUUGAUGGGAAGGCUGAGCAUAUCACUGGAUUGUAUCGCAGACGGAGUACUUUCCACCCAUCAGUCAUAAUGAAGGAGGGAUAUUUGGAAAAAUACAGAGAUGGUGUCAAAUCAAACAAGUCUAAGAAUCUCCUGAAAAUAUUCAAACAACGAUAUUUCUGGUUGAAAUAUGAGAGUCUCACAUACACACAUAAAUCAUCAGACCAGGUGCGGAAUACAAUCAGCACUUGCAAUAUUGUUGGCGUUGAAAAAGUUGACAAAAACGCAUUUGGAAAAAAUCACAUAGGUCAGAUUAUCUACAGAAACUCAGAUGACGAUGCUCAAUAUGCACAGGGCAAACAAGGGUCAAGGUCAGAUUGUAAAAAAACAGCUGAGCCAUUUGAGACUUUGUAUUUCCAAGCAAAGAAUGUGAAUGACUUGUCCUCUUGGAUUUCUUCAAUUCGCAAGACAUGUAUCACAAACACGUUUCUGCUUGAAUACUAUCAUCCAGGAGCCUUUUCUGGCAACAAGUGGACCUGCUGUCUAACAAAACUGAAAUCUGCUGAUGGCUGUUGUAGAACGCACUGUAAAGCAACCCUAGGAGACUGGAGAGACCCCUUAGACCCAGAUGUAGACGCACAACUAGUCUAUUCUCAGUUACAACGAGCGGCAGAUGUUUUCAGGAAAAAGUAUACAGAAACAGCAAUCGAAGUAACAGAAGACACUCAACAUAUGUCACAAAAUAGUGAAUGUGUGUCAAAGGAUACUCAACAUGUGUCACAGGAAACUGAAUGUGUGUCACAGGAUAAUAAAGAUAUGUCAAGGGAAACUGAUACAACAAAUGCAAACAUUUCAAAUACUGAAAAUGCAAAUGCUGAAAGUGCAAAUGCUGAAAAUGCAAAUACUAGUCAUGAUGUCCGCACAAAUUCACAACGAGACAUUUUGCUGGGACGUUCAAUAUCAUAUAAAGAUGCUCAAAUGGGAGCUGUUGCGGAACUCCUCGAUGUCAUAUCAGACUUGGAAAAAAUUCAUCAGAUUUUUGAACGCAAAGAAAUGGAAGAAAAACGAAAAAGUAUUCAAACUAGCUAAAACCUAUAUACCAUGAAUCUCCAAAAGCUAGCCUGAGUCUAUAUAAUACCAACUAACUAUUCCUGAUGGUACAUUGUUUAAAUGCUCAGAGUAUCUUAAUGAUCUCCAUGAAUGUUCAAAUUAAUUUUAAAUUGGUAGGGAGAACCAUGAUUUUAUGAAAGCCAGUAAAUAUAGGUCACAGUUCAAUUUAUCAUGUUUGGUGAAAGUAUAUUAAAAUAUCAC